UUCUUUGAUGAGGGGAAGAGUCCCAGCUGGUUGGGACCUCCACAGAGAACAUCUCCUCACUCAUAUCUACCUGAUCCAGAUGGAAUCUUGAUGGAAGUGAACUAACCCUCUCAGAUCUAUUGAUGAUGUUUUUCUAUUUUUCCAGGACACGCCAUGGAGAAACCCUCAAAGGAUCGUCUCACUUUAUCUCCAGGUUGUAAAAUGGAAGAUGAGGACAUCACAGGAGAAAAGACAACGACCUCAAACGUGGAUGGUGGACUUCCCAUUGUGGGUAGACCAUCUGGAUCCUCUGACCAGCCUCGUACUGACUGGAAUAAUUGUGGAAUUCGGGGGGAUGAGAAUUUUUCCUGUCCUAAAUGUGGGGAAAGUUUUUACUCCGAAUUAAGCCUUUCUAUACAUCAGAGAUCUCACAGUCCUGAGAAGAAGCAGUAUUUCUGCCCCGAGUGCGGGAAAUGUUUUUCAAAGAACUCCCAUCUAAUCUCGCAUCAGAGAUUGCACACGGGUGAGAAGCCGUAUUCCUGUUCGGAGUGCGGAAAGAGUUUUUCCCAUAAAUCCAAUCUAACGUCACAUCAUAGAUUGCACACGGGUGAGAAGCCCUUCACCUGCAAUGUGUGUUGGAAAAGUUAUACGCGGAAAACCGAGCUCGCUAUACAUCAGCGGACCCACACGGGGCAGAGUCCGUUCCCCUGCCCUGAGUGCGGGAAAUGUUAUGUCCGGAGAUCAGAUCUUAUCACGCAUCGUAGAUCGCACACGGGGGAGUUGCCGUAUUCCUGCUCCGAGUGCGGGAAACUUUAUGCCCGGAAAUCCAAACUUGCUGUGCACCAGAGAUCUCACACAGGGGUGAAGCCGUAUGCCUGCACCGAGUGCGGGAAAAGUUAUUCACUGAAAUCAGAUCUUCUUAUACACCAAGUUUCUCACACUGGGGAGAAGGCGAAUUGAGUGCGGGAAAUGUUUUUCAGAGAAGUCUGGUCUUACCAAGCAUUAGAAAACCCACACAAUCCUCGAGGUGUAUUGCUGUCCAGAGAGCAAGAAAUGUCUUCUAUACAGUGACUUGGAAAAAGUAUUCACACCCCUUGAAAUUUCCCACAUUUUGUCAUGUUACAACCAAAAAUAAAUAAUAAAUGUA